UAGCAGUUGUUAGGCAAGAACUCUCCAGCGAGUAACUAAGGAGCGAGUAAGAGAGUGAGGCACAGCACUGUGUGCAUCCAGGAAUCUGCUGGCAUGGAGCUGCUCGUUCAGCAGAUUUUCACUGUCCUAGGACUUCUUUUAUGCCUGCAACUCACCCUGAAAUUUUUAGGAUUUUCCAAAUACCUCUUUCCACAACUUUGGGGAAUACCAUCACCCUCCUUCUUUAAAUCAAUGGGAAAAUGGGCAGUUGUGACUGGGUCUGGAGAUGGAAUUGGUAAAGCAUACUCAAUAGAGCUCGCUAAUCGUGGCAUGAACAUUGUGAUGAUCAGCCGAACCCUUGAGAAAAUGCAGCAAAUUGCUAUGGAGAUUGAGCAGGCUACAGGAAGAAAUGUUAAAUUAAUACAAGCCGACUUCACACAAAAUAAAAUAUAUAAACAUAUUGAAGAAAGUCUAAAAGGACUGGAAAUAGGAAUUCUAGUUAACAAUGUCGGAAUGCUUCACAACCCUGAUCCAUGUUGCUUUCUUGCUGGACCGGAUAAUGAUGAGAAUCUGAUUAACUGCAAUGUGACUUCUGCUGUUAAGAUGACAAGAAUAAUAUUGAAACAAAUGGAAGAAAGGAAAAAAGGACUUGUAUUGAAUAUUUCUUCUGCUUUUGGUACAUUUCCAUGUCCACUUUAUGCACUCUAUUCUGCCUCCAAAGCUUUUUUGACAACAUUUUCCAAAGCUCUACAGGCUGAGUAUAAAUCCAAAGGAAUCAUUAUACAGGCAGUUACACCAUAUGGAGUUUCAACACCCAUGACAAAAAACACAUCAACAAAUAUCAUAACAAAAUCUUCAAUGGACUUCGUAAAAGAAUCACUGAAUCACGUUACCCAAGGAAGUGAGACAUUCGGCUGCCUUGCACAUGCUACUUUGGGAGUUAUCAUGAACAAUAUUCCUCUGUGGGUGAUCCAUAGUACAAAAGUACAAGAACAUUUCCUGCGCCUGUUUAGCAAGGAACAGAAAAAGGAAUAACCUUCAAGGCAUUACAUUCUAAAUGGACAUAG